UUACGCCUCUUCCCACCUGCGUUCGGCCGAGUGAGACUCGCGUCACGUAUGUACAUACAAUCGCGACGCCUUGUCGGGCCUCGAGUAUACGAGGCUACGAGCUACGAGAGUACGAGUACGAGGGUGAAUCACGAUCGUUCCGAAGCGUAUAAGCGUAUACGUGAGGUAGUAUUCACGCGCGUGUACGCACUCGUCCGAGAUCGCGAGACUGAGGCUGGUCCCCUCGUCGACGGGAACCAUCUCGGUUAGAUGGGCGAUCGUGUUGGCAAAACGCGCGGUUGACCGCGGAGAUCGGCGAGAUCUGUCGGCCACGUAUCACGUCGGGACGUCGGCGCCUAGGACGACAAGAGAGAGACGCAUAUGCGACAGCUCGAGAAUUGCCUUGUCGACGUACACCUUCCUCGAAUCCCGACGAUCGCCACAGCGUGAAACUUCAUGUAUGUAACUAGACUAUGACAGCGAUGGAUUCCGAUUCCGAGAGUCAGGAUAGCGACGACGGGCGGCGAUUUCGUUUCGAGGCCACGCGCAAGGAUUCGGUCGCACCUGUGGAUACCACAGAUCGAACGAAGACGCCUAAGAAGAAGCACAAAUCGUCCCAUAACGAGAGUUAUCGAGACAGGAAGGAACGGUCCAAACACGAGAGCGGUAGCAAGACGGAUGACAAGGAUCUCAGACACUCCGCGAAGCAUUCGAAGCACGAGUCGAGAAACUCGAGACAGGAGGAUAGCAAAAAUUCGCACAAGGACCACAGGGAAAGUAGGUCUGGAUUCGCCACGAAUGACAGAGGUUCCAGAAAUUCCAACGGGGGUGACGCGAGGGAGAGAUUGCGUGACUCGAAACGGCAAUCGGACAAGGAUCGGAGCGUCCACCGGGGGCAACGCUCGCGAGAACAUUCGUACGAGAGAAACCAUCACGAUGAGCGGGCAACGAGCGAUAAGCAUCGUGGUCGAUAUCACGAAAGACACAAGCAUCGUUCACGCGAUAGAAGCCGAGAUAGAUCUCAUCAGUCGAGUAGACUGAUUAAAUCUUCGAACGACGAUCAUCGAUCUCGAGAGGAUCACGGGAGACACGAUUCCUCCAAGAAGAUAUCGGUAAAGGAGAAUAGGUCGCAAAAUUCAAGGGACUAUUCCUCGCCUAAGAACACCGAGCGAGAGCGCAGUCAUAGCGAGACUCGUUCGGACGAGAAUACCAAGAAGGAUUCGUCGAUAGAGGCUCAAGACUGCAAGGAUUUGGAUCUAUCGCAAUUCGACGUUCUGUCGGAGACCGAUGAGAACAUGUCCGACGAUCGGGAUUCCGAGAGCCGAACGUCGUCUCCGCACUCGCGUAAGAUCAAGCUGAAAAGGCACGAUUCCGAAAUCCGGUCGGAAAGUCGUGCGACAAAGCGAGAGAACGACGACGGAGUCAGCGAGAAAAAACGGCGGGAGGAAUUAAAGGUAAAAGGAGGGAGUUGUGAUCCGGCAUCUAGUUCCAGUAAUAAUUAUCCUAGCGCCGUUUCAGAUUCCUUACUCGGCUCUGCAUCGCACGCGACGCUCUUGGUAACGCGUAUGGACUCUGAGAGAGAAAAGUCUGAGUAUCGUGAAGAGGAGAGACGGCUUUACGAUAGUAACGUCGAGCGUUCGAGUUCGGGAGAGAAAUAUUCGCGUUCUAGUGCUUCUUCGGAUGAGACGCGAUUAUUGGAGAAAGAUACGGAUCAAACCGGAUCCACGUACGGUCCGCUUUUACCACCGAGCUUCGUGCCUAACGCGUCUGGUGACGAGCUUGAUUUUGACAAGUCGAAUAUUGACGAAAAUAAAAUCAACGAUGAGGUCGAUGGAAAAAAUAUGAAUUUCAUCGGACCUUGCUUGCUACCUCGGUUAAAAGAUCGUCGAAGAUCUGAUGAUGGGCAAGAUGACACAGCGGAUGCUUCUGCGACAGAAGUGGACGCUGUUUUCGGGCCAGUACUGCCACCACAUUUGUUACAACGACAACGAGAGAAAAAAUCGCGGGAUAGAAUUAUCGGCCCCGUGCUACCCGACACUCUGGAAUCGCGCGAAGAAGGUUUGACUGCUUUUCCGGAAUCUGAUGAUGAUUCUGCGAUAGGUCCUCUACCUGUGGAUCACCCAGCUCUAAGAACUAGCCGUGUGCACGAACAGUUAGAUUUGCGAGCACAAAGAAUUAGGGAUGAAAAAUAUUCGGAAGAGAUUGAUUUCGGAAAUAAACGCGAGGAAUGGAUGACCGAGUUACCACCCGCUCAAGCUGCUAAUCUUGGAUUAGGCCCGCGCAAAUUCAGACUUCGAGAUGGCCCAGAUAUGUCAGAUAGAUCAUGUUGGACUGACACACCAGUACAAAAAGCUCAGAAGCAGAUGGACUUGGAAACAAGAAGAUUUAGAGAAUCAGAGAAAAAACUCAGAGAAUCAGAGAAAAAACGUGUAAAUGAAUUUCAAAAAAAGGAAGCAGACAAAAGUGGAAAACGCGAGAAAUCAUUAUUAGAAAUGCAUCAAAGCAAGGUCGCCAAGAAAAAGAAGAAAGAGGAAAAAGAAGCGAGACGGGCUGGAAUAUCGACGAGAAGGCCAUUUGAUAGAGACAUCGAUUUGCAAGUUAAUCGAUUUGAUCAGGCACAAAAGAAGUCUAUUCUGGUGAAAGCGCAGUUGCUCGACGAUAGGUUCUCGCGUGGGCAAAUUUAACACGGGUUCGAAUUUUUACGGGAUGAAAUUAUGGUAAUUGUAAAUAAUUGUGAAUUGUAAAGGGAAUUAUAUUCUGUAUUACAUACAUUGAUUUGCAAUCGAUUUGAUGAGACCGAUGAGACACAAAGAAAGACUAUUGAUGAAAGUGUAGUUGCUCGACGAUAGAUUUUCGCGUAGACAAAUUUAACGAGUUCGAAUUCUUACGGGGAUAAAAUCACGAUAAGUGUAAAUAAUUGUAAUGGAACUUAGACUCUAUAUUAAAUAUAUAUUCGGAAAUUGGCAGAGAUACUGAAUGAUGUUUAACGGUGCCUUGAAUUAACAGAGUUCUUGCCAUCUUGACUGACAAUUUUACAUAAAUGUUUCAGCAGAAUACGCACGUCAGCUUCGUUACAUUCGUGUCUUGUUAAUCGUGAUUUUUAUAAAACCACAUUUUACUGUCGGAGUCAACUAACUUUCGUCAAACUUUAUUUCGAUUUUAACCUCAGUUCUUUUUUCCGAAACGAAUGUGUUGUAAAUUGUAUCACGAAUGCGGAUUUGAUUUUGUAUUACGGUUACAAAUCGAACGUGUUGUUUUAGAUAAAGCUUUUCCAGUCAUAUUUCCGGCACAUUGUAUUUUGUAACGUACGAUGCAACGAUGCAUAAAUUACAAUCGAACGAAGAUUUUAUAAAUAUCGUGACUCAUGUAUAUAGCAUUGUUCUGUGUGUGAUGCAUCAUAAAAACGACAAUGACGUAUGUAAUAAUAAUAACGAUUGUACGGAUUUCUGCUCAUGUAUAAAAUAGGUAUGCCGCUCGUUGUUUGUUCGUCGUAUUUUCUAUAAGUGAGACAGUACAAAGUAGUGUGACACUUUGGCAUUGUUGAUACGUAUCUUGAAAGAUACAUAUCGGCGUGGCUACAGUAAGUACAAGUAAAAUUACAUUGUCACACUUGUACUUUCGAGACACUUCUGAUUUUACGUACACGUUUCCAAAGGCGGUUCUAUAUUUUCGGUGGGCCUGAAGUUUAAUAUUCCCGGAGUUAUAUUAUUUUAAUUGACUUUGCGUGAGAGACGUUCAUUUUAUACGUAUUAAAAAGGCAAUUGAAAAUUUGGUAUCUCAAGGAUCUGAAGGAUCUCAAACUUGAUUGGUUUGUUGAUUUGUGGAUUAGCCAUCGCACUUUAUCAUAUAUAGAUACGAUUAUCAGAUUUAUACUAUUCGACGAUUGUUUAUUUCCUGCUGAGAAAUUAUGUAAAUCUCUGAGUUUCUACAUACAAAAAUAAAAUAUGUUUUGAUUAAA